AUGUCAUCGGUCUCACCUAUUCUGCACGCUCUUCGCUGGAAUCCCAACGACCCGCUUGAAGUUCAGGCAGACGAGGUCUUUGCCCCGACCAAGAUGUUCUCGCUCGCGUGCCUUCUUGUCGGCCUCGUGAUCAACUGCUUCAAUCUUGGCAUCUACACCAUGAUGUUGUUCACUUAUCUCAAGCGCAAACAACGCGACCGUCUUUGGAUCCAACUCAUUCUGUCUGCCACAACGAUCUUGAACGUCGCUGUCGUUGUCUACUGGAUCUACUGGAUGUGGUACCUCUUUGUGAAGAACUUUGGGCUGUCCUGGUUCCCAGUCAUGGAUGCUCUGGCGUCAAGCAUCGUCCAGAGUUUCUUCGCUUAUCGCGCUUGGCGUCUCAAUAACCGGAACUGGUGGAUUGCUGGUAUUUCAGCUGUCCUCAUCACCGGAUCCUUUGUCGGCGCCAUGUACAACCAUUUCCUCUACCUGACAGUCGCCUCAGAGCUCGAAGCCCAUAAAAUCCGUGUCCCCGUUUUCAUUUGGAUCUCAUGUCUCUUGGCUGCCGACAUUCUGAUUACUGUCACCAUCGCGUACGGUCUCUACAAAACCCGUACGGGUUGGUCCUACACGGACAAGAUGAUCACCAAGCUGGUCAGGAUGUGUUUCCUCACUCAGCUUCCACCUACUUUGCUCACGAUCUUCUUCAUCUGCGAAUACAUCAUCCAACCCUGGUCUUUCCUCGGUCCAUUGAUUAUCGGUGUUCAGACGUCGUUGUACGCCAUCGGAUUGCUCUAUUCCCUCAACUCGCGCUUCAAAUUGGCGCCCACCAACGUCACGCUGGGCAAUACCACCACCGGUGGCGGACCCGCUACCGGAGAUCAAGCUAUCCAGGUCGAUGUCACCACUGACGUGUUCGAGACGUACAAGGCGCGCAAGUCGAACAAGUCCAUCAACCGUCCUGGGGUCCUGGACAAGACUGGCAGCCUGUCCGAGGCCGAGAUGGGUUUCAGCCACGCCGGCAUUCCCGGCCUGGACACCAUCCCUGACAUGGAAGAGGAGAAGGCCGAGACGACGCUUGUCAACGACGCUAGCACAAAGAGUCUCGACCGUGAUGCCGACGUCCAUGUCUUGGAGGUCAGUACCUCGGGGUCGGACAACACCAGUGCGCACGCUGCCUCUGACAGGCUGUAA